GCUAUGGAUUCCCAGAGAAACGCCUCUGGAUGGAUGCACGGUUACGAGAAUGAUACUGAAUUGGUUGGCUACGUUCCUUACUCUGAACGACCGGAGACGUACAUUGUGCCAGUAGUGUUUGCGAUCAUCUUCCUAGUGGGAGUGUUGGGGAACGGUACACUGGUCUUCAUCUUCGCGCGUCACCGCACCAUGAGGAACGUUCCCAACACUUAUAUAUUCAGUCUGGCUCUGGGAGAUCUGCUCGUAAUCGUUAGUUGUGUGCCAUUCACAUCCACUCUGUACACGAUAGAGUCGUGGCCCUGGGGCGAGCUGAUCUGCAAACUGUCCGAAGCGACCAAGGACGUCUCCAUCGGCGUGUCCGUGUUCACUCUGACCGCACUCAGUGCCGAGAGGUACUGUGCCAUCGUCAACCCCAUCAGAAGUCACAUCUCCUCCAAGCCGCUCACCAUCAUCACGGCAGUACUUAUCUGGAUCAUGUCUUUGAUACUGGCUCUACCUGCAGCCAUAUUCUCCAAUGUCCAGUCUGCGGAUGUGCAAGACAACCAUACGAUCUUGUACUGCUCGCCCUUCCCGAGGGAAUACGGUUCUACGUACGAGAAAGGAAUGGUCCUUUUUAAAUUCCUUGCUUACUACGCAAUUCCUCUGUGUGUGAUCGCAGGUUUCUACGUGCUCAUGGCCAGGCAUCUCAUGCUCAGCACCAGGACCCUACCCGGCGAACACAACCCCUGCAAGAGCCAGUCGAAUCAGAUCCAGGCGAGGAAGAAAGUCGCCAAGAUGGUCCUAGCUUUCGUUAUCAUAUUCAUAAUGUGUUUUCUGCCUUAUCAUAUAUUCAUGUUGUGGUUCCAUUUCUAUCCAUCUUCACAUGACGACUACGACGACUUCUGGCACGCUUUCCGCAUCGUCGGCUUCUGCCUCAGUUAUAUCAACUCUUGCAUCAAUCCCAUCGCUCUGUACUUUGUGAGCAAAGCGUUUCGCAAACACUUCAACCAGUACCUGUUCUGCUGUGUGAGGCCCACCAACGAAAUCGGUGACAAUACUCUGAGUCAUCUCAACAGCUCGACCUUCCGCAGACACAACUCCGUGAUGACCAGUCACUACUCGAUCAGCCACAGUGACAAGUCCUGACGAUUCGUAUGGUGUGUCACCACGCUCGACCGCAACUGACCGACAUUAUUUGGUUUACUUUAGCAUGUAUUGUAGUAAUACAACUAUCAGCACGUUUUAUAGUCUAUUGAUACAGGUAGUAUGUGAUUGGUAAAAAUGAAACUUCUUCGUUUCACUAUAUAUUUGAUCCUUUUUGCCUUGGAUAUCUACCUUACAUAGUAAUUUAUCGCACCACAUUAAUAAACCUUAAAUUCAGCAAAUCUUUAAUAUUUAUUAAUCAUUAUAUUUUUACAGUUUUUAUGAAAAUUUCAUGAGUAAGUGAAUAAAAAUUUUAGGUUUUUUAAUUACCAUUUCUGAUUGGAGAAUGUUACCUAGGCUGUCUGAGCAUUUAGAGUGGGAUGGUUACCGACAGUACUACAAUGUAAAUAUACGUAUUUUAAAGAAAGGUUUAUAAAAAACAACUUAACAUAGCAGCAGUUUUCACUAUUUCGUGCCAUUAUGCUGUAAAUCUACUGAAUAUUUUGUAACUUUCUGUCAUAUAUUAAUAGUACCGUAUACAAAAUAAUUAGCCAUGAAAACAUGAUUUAGUGUUAUUGCUUGAUAAAAUUAUUUAAAUGGAUUGAGUUUAAAAAUUUAAUAUGUAACUAGCAAUACACUAAAUUCUCCACAUGUCAUAUAAACGCCUUUUGGGUAAUUGUAACUAAACGACAUGGUUCAAGCUCUUAUUUAGAUUUUCAGUUACCAAUUAGACAUUUGAUUAAGAGAUAAUUUGAAGAGAGAGCUCUGAAAAUUAUUUUAAAUAUAUCUUCACUUCCUCUAGCAGUAAGUAUUGUAAAAUUAGUUUUUAUCUUUUACCUCAGCUUUUUUAUGUUUUGCUCAAAAUAAGGUCCUUGUGGGCAGAGCAAGUGAGAAGAGACAUCGCAAAAACAAUUUUUAAUAUAAUAAAUAUUGUGAAAAUAUAAGGUCACAAUUUACUACUAUUUUAUUGCUCUAUCAUCUGCAUUCCAUCUUAAUAAAAAGCCAUAAUAAGUGUAAAAAGCUUUGAUAGUAAUCAAUCAAAAGAAACAAAUUACAUCCAUGUAUUGUAUUAAAAUUAUAUCAACAAUUACAGUUAAGCUCCGAAUUUUAUAACUUUUGCUACACCUGUCAAGAGUACCAUCAAUAACUUUUCACCUAUCCUGUAAGACAUUUAAAAUUUUUCAUUCAUGGACAGUUCUUCUCGAGUACAUGAGGUUUCAAUGUUUUCUUAUGAUUAAAAUAAGUAAAUAGUUACUCUGUACUAUAAAGCGAAUUAUGGUAGUUUCCAAAAGUACAUCAUGGGAAAAAUAAUAAAUCACUGUUGGUUGGUAAUCAGUUAUAUUUA